AUGGAUGUGCCGAAGGUUGCUCUUGUAUUGCUAAGCCCUGCAACAGACGUAUAUUUUCGUCUAUUACAGAUGCGUCCAACGCUAACUUUACGAGAGCAUCCCUAUUCUAUAUUAAUUAAUGCAAGCAAAGACAGCGUAAUACCCUUAGACGAUUCUAUCCGGCUUGUAGAGACAGCAGACAUAGGAAGCUGCAGAUUAGAAGUUGUAGACGACGAUCAUACCUUCAACUCGUUAACUUCUGAAGAUUUCAAGGGAUGGGUUGAGGAAGCUUAUCAGAAAGGUGCAGAAGCAGCAGAAAAAGAUGCAGCAGAAGGAGGCAAGAAGCACUUUGAUGUGUCUCUCUUUGUUGCGAAUUCUGCUGCAGCAGAAGAGAGCAAUCAGCAGCAGCAAACCACCGAAGUCUGA